AUGACGACCUCAGAACCCUAUGAUCUCGUGGGCGGUCCUUUCGCGGUUAUUGAGUCAGACCCUGGUGUAUUCACUGCCCUCAUCCAGAAACUGGGCGUGAAAGGUCUUGAGGUCAUUGAAUUGUACGACAUCGAACCGUGGGCUGUGGACCAUCUGAAUCCCCAUGGUCUCAUAUUCUGUUACAUGUGUACAGAGGAAAGUGACAACUUCGAGACUGGCGACGAACUCGACGACCCAGAUGCUGAGCGCGUGUGGUUCGCAAAUCAAUUGAGCGACGAUGCAUGUUCAUCUCAAGCCAUUUUGAACGUACUCUUGAAUCGGCCCCAUAUAUACAUAAGCGACGAACUGAGCGACUUCAAAAAGAUAACUGAAGACAUGUCGCCUGUGUGCAGGCCGGCUGAUAUCCGGGGAGGUAUGCAUGCGGUCGCUGCCACAACCAUAGAAGCCAACAAACAUGACGUUGGUCGUACAAGUGACGGCAGCCCCGCAAAGAAGAAGCGGAAGACAUCACGCACGACGGCAAAGUCCAAACAGAAGGCGGCUCAGAGUGUCCUUGACAGUCAGGAGGCAUACCACUUCAUUGGCUACGUGCCUGCGCGCGACAAGGUGUGGGAACUCGAUGGGUUGCGCAGCUGUGCCUUGGAGGUUGGCACAUUGCCUCCCGAGUGUCGCUCAGAAGACGGCAGAAAUGGCUGGAUGGACAUUGUGCGGCCCGCUCUGCGGAUGAAAAUGCAGAAAUAUACCAGCGGCAGCGAUCACAUCCGAUACAGCCUGCUCGCCAUCGUGGAUGAUCGUUAUCAGAAGGCGAGCGACGAGCUGGAGCUGCUCAAACGGGAACGCCACGCCCUCGAGCGGCGGCUCAACAACGUGCAUCCAGAGGGAUGGUCCCACAAGGUUCUCUACUCCGAGGAUUUUGGCUCGCGCAAGAUGGACAAGGAGAUUGCCAUCUUGGACAUGCCAGUCCGCAACCUGCCGUCGGCCUGGGAGGCGUGCGUGAAGGCAGCAAUUCCGGCGAAAAUCGCGGCCGAGGACGAGAUAGCAAAGUCGAGAGAUGCGCACACCGACCACAUCAAGCGCACGUUUGACUACGAGCCCUUCAUCACAGAGUUUGUGACCUGCAUGCACAAUGAGGGGCGCCUCGAUGCAGCAUUGCGUGGUAACUCUGUAGAUGAGGGCACAGCACAGGUGAAACCGAAACCCAAGGGACGAAAAUAG